AGGUGUGAAAAAACUCAAUCUCGCCCCACUUGCACCCAUCAAACGCCCUCACCCUAACCCUUAACCCUAAACCGCAUUGCACACUACACGAUGAAGAUGUGCUACCCAAAGUAAACUAUGCUCAAUUGUUUUUGAUCAUGCUUUUGCUUUUCUACGUGUCCCCCAUCAGAUGAAGCUGACCAAGAGGACAGAGUGUUUUGACUCCACCAAGUAUUUUUGACCGUUCCCCUCCGCCAGACCCAGAGGACGUGUCCUGUCGAGAAGCAGGAGCAAGUGGGAGCUCUACUCCAAAAGCAGAAGCUCGCUUUGCAAGAAAAUGGUAAAAACACCAGGUCAACAACCACGACCAGUCUAUUCUGGUCAUUUCUUCCUCCUGUUUCUCGGUGGUGACAGCAAUAGAAGUUCCACGACAUCCGCGUUACGAGUCGGCGUUGUGGAUUACAAGUUGAGUAGGGACAACAAAUCCACUUCAAAAAGCAAAACUGCCCGCCCGACGUCGUUUUCCAGGCUCUUCGUGCCGGGCGGAAGGAAUAGAGGACGAAAAGUUGGUAGGACAGAACAAGAAGAUCUAUCACCGAUAGAAGCAGGAGAAGGAGAUAGCGAUGACCUUGUGUCGACUCCUGUGGCAGCAGCAUCUCGGACUUCCUUGCACAGCAGAGAUGAUGAUUAUGAAGGAGCAGUCCUCAAGAACUCGUACUACCUCGACAAGAGCAGCUAUGUCGAUGGCGGUAAACAAGAGCAAAACCAAAACUACGAGGAAAGUAAUGGCCACGGCUACGACUACGACGUGGUAUCCUCGCAGAACAAACGGCACCUCGAAGAGGAGCUUGAUCUUUCUUCUUCAAAACUGGAAUUAAUAGGGAAAAACAAGAUUGGUAACGAAGAGGGUAGUGCCAGUAGCUCGGAGCAGGACUCAGUAGAACCAUGGAGAGAUGGACGAGCCGGCGAGGACAACCUAUACUACGCGAGCAGCUCGGAAGUAGACGAAAGUGUAAGUGACGAAAGAGAAGAGCAACGAGAGAGUUUUGUCGAAAACACUAGCCCUACUUCCGCCGAAGACGAGUCCUCCGACGAUGAUCAUCAUGAUGACCAGCACCCGUCUGACGACAUCUACCUGGGCAGUGCACUGGAGCAAGAACGACUACCGAAGCAAGCAAGCAGCUCAAAUAAUAGCCCCCCGCGGCUGACGUUGAAGCACAAGAUGAACCGGAAACUGCACAAUAGAACUCCAGGAUCGGCUCGUCCCGCUGCGGGCACCGUUGAAAACCCUUCACCGGCACGACCUGAAUUCCACCUUCGAAAAGAACAAGACGCCGAAAGAGAAAAGGACAACUUGUUCCUGGAACUCGAUCAUACAAGAGGAAGAGCCAAACUCUCCACCUUCACGCCCGAUGUGACGUUCGAAACGCACUUGGACGCCUGGUGCCGGCUCGGAAAAUCCGAAGACAACUUCCUAAAAACCUACGAGACCGACGACUACAAGGCGUAUUUAGAGGCUAUCCAGGUGGAUAAGAGCACGCUCACCUACUGGAGCGGGAUAAGCUGCGAAGCGAAGUGUCGGGAUAAUCCAAACUGCUACGCCUACGAAAAAUCCGUAAAUACGGGGCGGUGCUCACUUAUGGGAGUGUCAGGAUUGAAAUUGACAAGGUUGAAAAAAUAACUUGUAAUGCAUAAAAUCGAUACCAGUAGGAAGCCCAAUUUCCAAGCUGUCCAUGACAAAUUUCGGCACCGUCUAAAUCCAGUUUGUCAACAUGCUCCUUGGGCACAGAAAAAUACUUUUGUCAUGCUCCUUUAGCAGCUCUAUCCCAAACCCUAAAUAGGCUCACAAAAAUCUGCCUCACUUGCCAUCCCGGCAAGACAGGCACUUCAUGCCUUGCAUUUUAUGCAUGACAAAUCAUUUCAACUUUGACGAUUUCAAAUCUGACACAUCCAUAGCACUGUUUCACGUGCCGGUCACCUGGACCGAAUUACAGCAGAACGACCGUUACAAGACCAAGGACCCAAACACCAGCCGCAGGCGCUACACUGGGGUUUUCGCGUACACAGGUCAGAAGUACACCGCAACAAUUCCGGAAAAUGAACCCGAAGCUUAUGCCAAGGGGUCUGUUUGCGGCGUGAAAGCGGAGAAGACCUAUUCAACGCGAUACCUGGAUGCACUCGCUUACCAAGACCACUGGAAUAGCAUGUGCCGUGCCGGUCGGGUCGGGGAUAACCUCGCAGUCGUGUCGCAAGACGGGGUACGCAUUGCAGAUAUGUCUGGGUCUGGAAGCAGGUUGCAACUUGUCAUGCGCAUUUCAGACCGCACAACAAUUUGUCUUGCACAAACAGCAAAAGUUGUAUUUUUGGCCAUGGUGAUGUUGAAAGCGGAUUUCCCAGGCAGAGUAGGGAUCGUGAAGCUCUUGAAGAACCUGUGAUGCUAGUUCUGCAUGCCAGACACUCUCUCUGGGUCAUGCAAAAGCAAAACCUGCAUCACAAACAUCUGCAUUCUUCCAGACCUAGACAAAUUUGCAUUUGAUACGGGGUAGCACCGAACGUGUUAUCGAUAUAUUCCGGCGUGACGAGUGUCGCUAUGAAUUGCAAAAGUAUCGUACUCGUAUAAAUGCAUCACAAAUUAUUUCCUCAUCCUCAGCAUGUGAGAGUAUAUGCAUGAUUGCAAUACGAGUGCGAUACUUUUACACAGGAUAGUCGCUGACUGCAAACAAAAGUGCACCGACAAUGACGCUUGCGUCGCGAUUCAGUUGUUCUUGCACAACGCCAAGGAUAACUGCAAACUACUGCAGUCGACAAACUUAUCACAAGAAAAAACUGUUUCACCGGGAUGACUUAUUGCAUCACAAGUUUGCUCUACACCACAGAGGAAUUUCACCACGAGCUUCCUAUGGGAAAGUUCGCCUACAAUAAUGCACUGUCUUGCAUGUGUAGCAAGACAAACAUAAUAAAUGCGAUACAUUUUCUGCAUCACAAGUUCACAGUGAAACAUUUUUUUCUUGCGAUAAAACGAGAAAGAGGACAUUACGUACACGCGAAUUAACAAAUCAAAAUUGCGGGACAACCAGGAGGGCACGCUUUGUGCCGUGAAAAUGUCCAAGUACCGGGAGAUAUCAAAUGCAAAAAUGUCUGGGUCUGGAAGAUUGCGACUUGUCAUGCUGUUUUUGGACUCUAAAAAAAUUUGUAUUGCAUGACCAGGAAAAGGAGCCUAGUUUGUGCUACGCGGGUGGGCAUUUAACAUGCGGAGUAGGCAACAGGAAGCCCUCUACUUAAAAAUCUGUGAUGGUAGGUCGUGCAUUACAGACAUCCUGGGUCAUGCCAAAUAUGCAUGACAAACCCGGCAACAAUCCAGACCCAGACAUUUUUGCAUUUGAUAGGAGAAAAACAAGUGCAAGUGCGACAACGGAAGCAAGGAUGAGGAGUGGUUUUGCACAAAAGAGAUUCAUAUCCUGUGCAAAAGUAUCGUACUUCUCGUAGUAAUUGCAGUCCUGAAUUACAAAUUUUUUUCUGAAAGUGAAUCCGCAUGACAAAUUCCAUUUCUCAUGCUGAGCUAAUUUGUAUUGCGGUACAAGUACGACGAGAGUACGAUAGUACUUUUGCGAUUCAUAAUUCAGAUGUGCGCCAGCUGCAAGGACACAAACUACGAAUUGAAGGAUAAUUACCCGGCCCCGCGACAGCGAGGCUGCGAACCGAAAGCGAACAUUGUGACGCAGCCACCUGUAGAGCCCGUCACGACGGAACAACCCGUCGUGACCAAGGAACCCGGCGUCACGGCAGAUCCCAGCGCGACGGAAGCUCCGGGUGGAGACAAUGGAAACAAUGCUGCAGCAGGCGCGGACGGCGCUGGGGCUGGUACAACGACGGGUGGUGAGCAAGCGGGGGGUAGUGGAACAGGUAGUACAAGUACUUCCGCAGGAACUACAUCAAAUCAUACCCAGGAUAACAACGCGACCUCCGCUGGCGGCGACGGCAGCAUGCCGCAAGCGCAUCUUGCGCCAAUGGAGGGGGCCACGGUGGAAUUUGUCAAUGGCACCUUGCAACAAGUGGUUCCUGAAGAAGGUGAAAAUGCGACGAAAGAGGAAGAAGCAGAGGACGAGGGAGACGAAGGCUCCUUUUUCACCUCCAAGGUGGCGGGAGCCAUCCCUGUUUGGGCGUUGUUCGUUAUCGGUGGAGCUUUGUUGCUCGGGUUGGCUGGGUUUGGAGUGUACUUUGCGUGGUGCGGUGGAGCUGGCCAUGGUAGAAGUGUUGCGGCGGGCGGCCGCGCCAGUAGAUUUUCAACAACAUCCCGUGAAUCUGCCCGUCCGUCCAUCCCGGACAUCAAUAUUGGUGGCUCAGCACGCGAGUCCGAGAGCAUCAGGCCGAAGAAGAAGGACAAAAAGGAGGAGAAGAAGCACAGAAGUAGCCAGAAGAAGUAUCAACAUGAAAAAUCCCCCCUCCCCAUAUCAAAAUAAAAAUUUGUGAUUCUGAUUUGUGGUCACAAAUGAUCAUCUUUGUCUUGCCUAUAGGGCAAUAGAAGCCAUGUGGCGCAUUCCAAAGCCAAUCUGUCAUGCGCUUUCGGCUACUGCAAACCUGUCUGGCAUGCGUUCUUGCUAGCCUUCUGCAUACCCGAACCGGCUUAGGAAAUGCUGCUAAGCACUUUGUUUCUGCAAGAGAAAGCUCAUUUGUGUACGCAAAUCCAGCAUCACAGACUUCGUUUUGAUGUGGGGUGGGGGGAUUUUUCCUCACAAUAAGAAGAAUCACUCGUCUUCUGACGAGGACGAGAAGAAAAACAAAAAGUCAGGGUCCUCAAAUAAAGCCGCGGGUACCAGCUUGA